AUGGUAGACGGCACACAAGACAUCAGCGGUGUAGAACAAGAGUCGAUAUGUUUUAGGCAUGUAGACGACAAUCUUCAUGUGCAUGAGGACUUCGUUGGCUUGUACGAACUUCCCAUCACAUCCGGUGAAAAUGCAGUUUCUGGUUGCCCUGCUGUUCGAGAAGCUAUCCAGUGGGUGCAUGAGCUUGGUGUUCUGUUCAAGAGAUCUGGAAAGUUCAAAGCCAUCUUCAAGGAGAUCGCACACGAAGGCCUCUCCGACGACCAGCCGGUGAAGCCUUCAACGAUUCGCCCUCUUUGUCCGACUCGAUGGCUCUGUAGGUUGCCUGCCAUACUCUCCGUCAAAGACAACUAUUUGGCUGUUCUCGACAGUCUCAGAGACAUGGCGUCAUCGGGCUCAUCAGAAUCGGCUGUCAAGGCGAACGGCCUACUUGAUCGCUUUGAGAAGGGAGAGACCUACCUCAGCCUCGAGAUGGUCACCAAGCCAAUCGCAGCCAUUGAGCAGCUGAAUCGGUCCUGCCAAGCCCGCUCUGCUGCUGUUUCAGGUAUGUUAGAAGCAGUCAAAGUAACAACGAAGCAGGUGAAUUCAUGGCGGACAGAUGAGGAAUUCCAUGUCCUGUACCGGAAAGCAGCAUCGAAGGCUGAUGAGCUUGGAUUAGAUCCACUUCGUGUUCCAAGGAAAAGAACUCCUCCUCGCUGUCUCACUGGGCCAGCGACACCCUUCAACCCAACAAGUGCCGAACAGCACUACAGGCAGCAAUACUUCUCAUUCAUCGAUGCCGUGGUGGUGCAGCUGAACGAGAGAUAUGAUCCGUCUAAGACCGAUCUGGCUGCAUACAAGAUGCUUGAGGACAUGCUCCUCUCUGGAAAAGUUGUAGACGAGACCUUCGUCCAAAAAUAUCCGGAACUUCAGAAAAAUAUCCUGACGGUACAGCUGGCGAUGUUCAAGCAGACAACGGGGGCAAGCAGUGCGCAUGAAGGUAAAGUCGCAUACCGUGGCAUGAAGCAGGAAGUACGGGACCUUUUCCCACAAGUUGCGACCCUUCUCAAGUUGCUCCUCGUAUGCCCGGUUUCUUCGAUCGUGAAGGAGAAGCUGGAGAACUGGAUGUCGGCAGCAUUCCAGCUGAAAGGGAUGAAGGGUAUAGAGAAGAAACAAGCAAGAGCCCUGAACCCAGCGUCAGUGAAGAGGCAGUCGAAAAUAAUGGAGACGAUGACCAUUGGAUGA